UGAAUACUUACGUCAAGAGUUUAACGGAAGUGCUAUUGAAAUUGCGUACUCAUCUCCCACUUCACUACAUUGUUGUUAUUUAGCAAUAUCUACGGAUUGUUUAUUGCACAUUAGCUUACUUAAACACAUCUGUAAUUUGGGCUGGACAAGAUGGCCAGCUGCAAUUUUCAGGCGCAAUUUGUAUCCAUUAUGGAGGUUUUAGCUAAAGCAGCUGUAACAGAAAUAAACAAACGUGUAGAUGAUAGCUGUGCUGUUAUACGUUUGGAAAUGACCCAAAGCCAGCGAGAUAUUGAUGUACUGAAAAGGAAGUGUCAAAUGAUGGAGAGCGAGCUGAAGAAAACGCGCAGACGAAAAGGUUUUUACCCCGUGGCAUCAGAGAGAUCUUCAUAUCCAGUCAAGAUUGUUUCAAACAAGCAGAGGAGUAACUCACAGUGGAGAGACAGCGAGAUGGCUGUUGAAGGGGACUCUCAACCCCAGCCUACAGAUGUGGAGCAGAGAGUGGAGACUGAACCCAUACUGAUCAAAGAUGAGGAGACAGCAGAGGAUGUGUGGAAGACUAACCCUCAGGAAGAGCUCAGGAUCACUGGAGAGGAAUCUGGUUCCAAGCCUGGGAAACCACCAUCCUUUGAGCAACGGCACUGUGAUGAAGACUUCAUCACACAACCCAAUAUAUCUCCCAGAGACUCAGUGGAACAUUACCCCAAUUCUGAUCAUCCAGAGGAACCAGGAACACCCCGGCUCGCAUCUACAGAGGUGUUCAGCACAGAGCAGCACCGGCCAGAUGAGGACGAGGACUCACUAGACCUAGUGAUGGUGAAGGAUGAGAAAGAGGAGGAGCUGGAUCAGACCACGGCCCUGGCAGGACCUGACCAGUUUGUCAUGGAUGAGUCUGAUGGGCAGCUGUGGACCUCUGUGGAUCCAGGCAGAGACACUGACCCUGGUGGCCACCCAGAUUUCUCUUUUCAUUCCACAGAAGAGUACUCUCAGAAUAUCUCAAUUUUCCCAUCUCAUAGUGGGCUGCCAUCCGUUUCUACUAUGACAGAUGAAGUGGGGCCAUCACUUCACUCUUCUAUAUGGAAACCACAUGCUAACAUGUUCAGUACUGCAAAACACAUGAAAAGACAUAUCAGGACAAUGGCUGAUGAGACUAGACAACAGACGCCAGAGGGACAGAGCAGUGAGAUGCUGAGCUCAAAUAAUGAAGGAAAUAGUUUAGCUCUACAGCCAAGACUGCAUCAAUACAGGGCUUCAGAAGCGACUGUGCGAUUGAGUGAGUGCAUGACAGGGUCAAACAUGGCCACCACCUCCACCUUCUCUGGAUACAGCCUGAGUCACAGUAGUUUUAACAUGGUGAAGAGAAUGAGGACUCAGUGGAGAUCAGGUGGCACCACCGAGAGGCGUUUCAGCUGCACCUUCUGUGGGAAGAGCUUCCAGCGUCUCUGCCAGCUCAAAGUACACCUCCGGAGUCACACCGGAGAGAAACCGUACACCUGUGAACAGUGUGGCAGGAGUUUUACCAAGCAGUGCAACCUGAUCAGACAUGCUCUGGUCCACACCGGGGAGAAGCCCUAUGAGUGCACACAAUGUGGGAAAUGCUUCACCCAGCGCUCCAAAAUGAAGUCACAUCAAAGAACUCACAUAGGAGAGAGUCCAGUAUCUCAAUACGUGGCACCUGCAUACCCAGGGGAUCCACACACAAGUUUAAUGUUGUCUCAGAACAGAUGGAAUAAAUAGUUCAUAAUUGCAUAGUUUUUCUGUAACAAUUACUUCAACUGCACACUGUGUACUAAUCGUAUUACAAAGUAUUUAGAACGUACUGUUUUGUCAAUUGAAUGCCGUAAGCAAGAAAUACUAGGCUCCUCCUACUGAGAAGGCCUCAUCUAAUGUGCAAUUGCAUUGAUUCCCGACAUUCAUUCAUUUUGGUACAGCGUGUCUCAUCAGUUAUACCUUUUUCUAUCCUUUAAUAAAUGCCAUACCACAUUUUCA